UCCAGUGUCUGACAGACAGCUCGCCAAGUUAGCGGCGUUGUUGUUGUUUUUUGUUGCAUAUCGGCUGCGAGUGUUUGCAACUGAGCCCCACAAGAGGUUUUUUUAUUUUAUUUUGACUCCAGCGAGGAGCGGGCGUGAUUCUGACUGUAGUUACCUUUUUCUUUUUUUUUUAAAAAGCCGCUCGCAGCUGCUCUGGGGGGGGCGGAGUGUCUGCAAAGUGCUGCGCCGAUUGGGGCGCUCGAUCAGGGGGGGAAGAGAGAUGGCGUGCUUGUUGGAGGCCCCUCUCCGCAUCAGUGUGCUGUCUGAAGUCACUGCCACUAGUCGCCAUUAUGUUGACCGACUGUUUGACCCCGACCCACAGAAAGUGCUGCAGGGAGUCAUUGACAUGAAGAAUGCCGUCAUAGGAAACAACAAGCAGAAAGCCAAUCUUAUUGUCCUCGGAGCGGUGCCGCGGUUACUUUACCUGCUCCAGCAGAGCUCGUCCAGUGCGGAGCUACGGACCGAGUGUGCUGUGGUGCUGGGCAGCCUGGCCAUGGGCACCGAGAACAACAUCAAGUCCCUGGUGGACUGUCACAUCAUCCCUGCCCUUCUUCAAGGUCUUCUGUGUCCGGACCUGAUCUUCAUCGAAGCUUGUCUUCGAUGUCUCAGAACGGUCUUCAUCAGUCCUGUCACUCCUGUGCAGCUGCUCUAUACUGACCCCACUGUGAUUCCUCAUCUAAUGUCUCUACUGAGCCGCUCACAGAGAACGCAGGAGUACAUCACACAGAUCUUCUCCCACUGUUGUAAGACCCCAGAGCACCAGACGGUUCUUUUCAACCACGGCGCCAUCCAGAACAUUGCCCCUCUACUUACCUCCCCCUCUUAUAAGGUCCGGAUGCAGGCGUUAAAGUGUUUCUCAGUCCUUGCCUACGAGAACACUCAGGUCUCCAUGACACUGGUGAAUGUGCUGGUGGAUGGUGAGCUGCUCUCUCAGGUAUUUGUCAGAAUGAUGCAAAGGGAUCAACCCAUUGAAAUGCAACUAACCGCAGCCAAAUGUCUAACGUACAUGUGUCGAGCGGGUGCCAUCAGGACAGACGACCGCUGCAUAGUCCUAAAGACCCUGCCAUGCCUCGUGCGGAUGUGCAGUAAAGAGCAUUUGCUCGAGGAAAGGGUGGAGGGUGCGGAGACGCUGGCCUACCUGAUGGAGCCCGACGUGGAGCUGCAGAGGAUUGCUAGCACCACCGACCACCUGGUGGCCAUGCUGGCCGACUACUUCAAAUACCCCAGCUCUGUGUCCGCAAUCACGGACAUCAAGAGGCUGGAUCAUGACCUGAAGCACGCACACGAGUUGAGACAAGCUGCUUUCAAACUGUACGCCUCACUGGGCUCCAACGACGAGGACAUUCGCAAAAAGAUCACAGAGACGGAGAACAUGAUGGACCGGAUAGUCAGUGGCCUAUCAGAAUCCAGCAUUAAAGUCCGUUUAGCCGCCGUAAGGUGUCUUCACAGUCUUUCGCGGUCGGUGCAGCAGCUGAGGACGAGCUUCCACGAUCAUGCAGUGUGGAAGCCCCUCAUGAAGCUGUUGCAGAACGCCCCGGAUGAAGUCCUGGUCAUGGCCUCCUCUACACUAUGCAAUCUACUACUGGAGUUUUCACCCAGCAAAGAGCCCAUCCUGGAGUCAGGGGUGAUUGAGUUACUAUGCAGUCUGACCCAGAGCGACAGUCCUGCACUAAGGGUCAAUGGGAUCUGGGCUCUGAUGAACAUGGCGUUCCAGGCGGAUCAAAAGGUGAAGGUGGAGAUCGUUCGGGGUUUGGGUACAGAACAGUUGUUCCGCCUGCUAUCAGACCCCGACACCAAUGUGCUGAUGAAGACCCUCGGUUUGCUGCGCAAUCUGCUGUCCACACGCCCACACAUCGACCAGAUCAUGAGUUCUCAUGGGAAGCAGAUCAUGCAGGCGGUGACGCUCAUCCUGGAAGCGGAGCACAGUAUAGAGGUCAAGGAGCAGACGCUGUGCAUCCUAGCCAAUAUCGCCGACGGCAACACAGCCAAGGAACUCAUUAUGACCAAUGAGGACGUGCUCCAGAAAAUCAAAUACUACAUGGGGCAUUCGAAUGUGAAACUGCAGCUCGCUGCCACCUUCUGCAUCUCAAAUCUAAUCUGGAAUGAGGAGGACGUUCAAGCAGUGGUCAACAGCGAUUGUGCCCACAAAGGUUCUCAGGAACGCCAGGACAAGCUGAGGGAGAUGGGCUUUGUGGACAUCCUGCACAAACUCACCCAGGCCUCUGACCCCAACCUCUGUGACAGGGCGAAGACGGCGAUGCAGCAGUACCUAGCGUGACUACAGAGCGGAGGGAUUCCAGCCUAACUAAUAAUCGCUGGGAGGGGACACCUGCCAUUGGUUCUUCUGUUUCUGGUUUGGUUUAACCUAGAGGCUUGUGUUGUUGCACAAAGACUCCUACUUUGGACUUUUGGACUUGUGGCUGGCAUCCUUUCACCUGCCCCUCCUCUCCCUACCCACCCACCUACCCACCCAACCCACCUUCUAAUACCACGUCAACAGUUGAGCUCCCUCAGAACCUCAUCAUGGAGACUGAGACCGUGGUUGUUGGGAAAUCAACGGUUAGGAGGGGUUCUCGUGUUUUUUUCCAUCAAUGAAGUGAUUUAAAGAAAUUAUUUCCUUUUGGGACUUUGUGAUUUGCAAAUUUUAGUUUUUCCUUUUUGUUGGAGUGAGGCAGCCUGAAACCAGCACCACCUUGGUGCGUCUGGACUCCCGAUAGUGGAGAUUCUGGUCUCAGAGAAGCGGACUACGAGGUUUGACACGAGCUGGACGAUUGGACAGCAAAGCUUCCCGGUUUUAUUUUUAAUUAAUACUACUAAUGUUUCCUUUUUAAGGCGGUGCAAACAAGGACACAUUUGGAAAAAGACAGACUGCCUAUUUUGACAUUUUUGGUGGUUUUCUUCUUUCUUUUUUUUUGUGGAUACAUACCUCGUAAAUAUAUAAAUAUAUAUAAAUAUAAACAUAAAAUAUAUAUUUUUGGAUUUUUAUUUUCCCCUGACCCUCUCUUCGUUUUCAUUCAUUCUCUCUGAACCAUGAUUCUCGGCACAGCAGGGCGAGUCCACUGCAGUCUGAUUUCAAGUAUGUAACACGGUCUCUAGAGGUGAAUAAGGAAAAGAAAUGUAUUUCCCCUGAUUUUAUUUUUUUCUUCUCCUCUCACAGUUGUGGUUCUGCCCGUCACUUCUGUCCAACAUCCUUAUAAUCCCAAUGGGAAAUGUAGUUCCAGAGUGCUAACUCUGACCCGCCUAGUUACUAUUUAACAGGCAUGAGUACACACAACACCAGAGAUAAGAGGAUGCAUGUAUCCUCACAUCUCAACUGAAUAUAAGACUCUAUGUCUACCCCCCCCUCCCACCCCCUCAGUGUGUGUUUGUGUUUGUCAAAAGGGAUAAAGGAAAAGCUCCUGGGUUUCUAUUCUCCGAUGUGUUUGGAGGAAGCGAGCGAGGACAGAGUAGAUGGCAGGAAUAAAGGAAGAACUAUUUGAGACUGGCCCCUGGAGGGUGAAGCACUAAGUUCGUCCACAGCAGCAGAAUCCAGCGCUACGGUCUUUCCCCCCCAUCGUAUGAUUUCCUCUCCCAUCAGGAUGCUUCUAGAGUUGUUCCCUGACAUUUCAAACCCUACUGACACUGAUAGAAUGAAUGUUACCAUUGAAAAUAUAUGCAGACCUGAAGAAGGAUUUCUUCUGUGUUGCGUCUUAUUUCUCCCUCAGAGGGUACUUGUAGUUAAAAGUGGUGUGUGUGAGAGAGAGAGAGAGUGUUUCAAUUUAGUUUCACCUUUUAGAAACAGUCUGAAUUAGUUGGGAGGACUGUGGGGUUGCUUUAUGGGUUUAGUUCUGAGCGUCAACGUCUACAAUCGUUUUUCUCUCUCCACAUUGUUCCAAGAGAACGUUCAGAGAUGGAGAAGUCAGAAAACACCAGAGAAAGAAGAUAUCAUAGGACAGACUUUUUUGUUUAACGUAUUCGGUGUGUGAAGCUAUCUUGGCUCAAUUGUUGAGUGUCUAUGGGGUCAAAUAACACAAUUAUAAUCUAAUAGACAUUCGGGAGCUGAGCAAAACUAAGACAAGGAGCCUUUUUUCCAAGCGACUUUUUUUACCUCUGGUCUUUUAAGCAUACACAUUGUGUUUGUACUGCAGCUCAUUGUUAUCGAGCCCCAGUUUUAGUCAGAGGUAAUUAUCAGUUUAUCUAAAAAUAAAUAAAAUAAAAUGCAGAUGUUGGAAAAAACCCAAAGGCUUUAAAAAAAAAAAAAAAAAAAAUCGAACAAUCUGGAUACACAUAUUUGUAGUUUGCUCAAGGACAACAAAUAUUUAUAGUUUCACUUUUUAUUAAUCCAAACAAAGACUGUAGCUGGAAAUAAUGGCUUUACUUAAUUUAUAUAAUGUCAACUAACAUUUUUAAAUUAAAUUAUUAAUGAUAUUAUAUAUUUUAUAACUGAAUGCAUUCAUAUUUUCGUUGCGUUUUACAAAAAGGGGAAAGGAUGGGUAAUCUUCAGCUUUUUCUUGUUGCAGUAAUAUUGUUGACGUCCAGAAGGUUAGAAGACUCUUUAACAGUUCUGCAAAUAUCAUAUAUUUUUCUUCUUUUUGGUAAAGGUCUUUCAUGGUUUUUAAUACAUCCCUGGUAUUUAGUUUGGUAUAAAGGUGAUGCUCCUUGAGGCUUGUGGAUCCAGAAAGUAACGCAGGACUCUUACAAAACAACACUUCUUUAUUGUUGUACAGUAUGUAAUCCUGGUAAGAGUUUUUUUUAAAUGUAACAGCAGUCUUUAAUAAAACA